CGGGCUAGACAUAAUGUCUUUAGAAUGACACAAAUUAUGCACUAUACAUUUUAUUAGCAUUAACAUUAUUUACUUUUUGAUAAUAGGGUACUACGAUACUUACGAUGUCGGCGAAUUAUGGCACAAUCACCACCACAUCAUGUUGUUAUUUAUUAACAAAUAUUUCAAAUGACUAUUAUUUUUUUUCAAGUUACAGGUACAAACGUUGUUUACUUUAAACCAUAGGGAAAAUUGCUGUCAUGACGCGAGUGACUAAAUUUGCUUUGUCAUGACGCCAAUGUAAAAACAAAAAGAAUUAAAACGUGUGUUUAAAUUCUCUUUGGAGAAUACCUAUCUUGAUAAACACUAGCGUAAAAAUAUAGUGAUGAAAUUAUAUUUGAGUUAUCGAUUAAUAUCAAUAACGUCUUUGAUUAAUAGAAACCUUGGAACAAAUAGGUAAGUUUAUCCAAGGUAGGCAUAAGAAUCUUAUAGGUAUCUUGGUAGGUAUAAUACUGAAUUUAUAUGACAUGAUGAAAGCCUAUCAACGAAUAUGAAAUUUUGUCUAGUUUUCGAAAUGCUAAUACGAUUCCAAAGAAACGAAUUUUUCGAUAAUUUAUGAGGCAACGAAGCUUUAUAGGACCUGACACUGCCUUUGGUUCACAGAUAAUCUUCAAGGCUUUUUCGAUUAAUGAUUUUAACAAAAUUAUAAGAACUUUCGUUCGGGAUAAAUAGAAUAGACCUUCAGGUCAGGUGUCAUGUUAAUUCGUAGGAGUAGCGUAACAGAGUGGUAAGUGUAAGUUUUACGAUAACGCGUUCACUAGUGAGUGCGUUAAGAAUUUGUAUGGAGAUUUGUACUUCUUGGUAGUUACCGCUAGGGGCGCUGUACCGGAUUCCAUACUAAAAUCUUAAUGCGCUCACGAUCGACAGUGAACGUAAACGUCAAUAAAACUUACACUAAGCGCUCAGUGCGCCGUACCACCGUUUAUUUCGUCCUAGGUAUCAGUUCGUGAAAAAUUUAUCUGGCGAGAACAUGAUAAUUAAAUCAUAUAAAUUUAAUUAUAGAAAUCUAAUAAUAAUAAAGUUAUUAUAAUACAAAUAAAAAAAUGUAAAAAGUAAGUAUAUCUUCGUGAAAUAUCUUCUAAGUUUUAUCUAUUACGGAAAGCCCAGAAGCGGGGUAUGUAGUUGAGUUUUGACUUUUUAAACCAUUAGUGUGUAACUACACAAAAAUACAAAAUGGUUAUAAUUUUCUUAUCAGUAGGUAAAGUAAUGUUAAAAAAAAAUAUAAUUUUAUAAACAUUGUAUUGCAUCAACACAGAAUAUAAAUUCAUUGCAUACCCCAAGACUGGUAUUUAACAAACUAUCCACUUACAUGUUGUACAAAAAAAUAUGAUUUGAGUUUACAUUUGAGAUUUGUUUUAGUAAUGCUUUGUAAUAGAGGUUGUUGUAUGUUAUUAAGCAAACGUGGAACUAAAUAGGUUGUCAUUCUUUCCCCAUAUAUGUUUUUAGCAUAUAUAGUAGCAAGUUUUUUGUUUGUUAUUUUGCGUGUGUAUAUUUUAUGUUAUAUAUAUAUUUUUUUAGAUUUCUUUAUUAAAGAAUUGUUCUUUUUUUAUGCUAGAUAGGCAAGCAUUUUUAAUAAGCUAUAUGUUAUAUUUUUAUUAUCUUUAACAAUGUAAUCAGAUAGAUGCGCUCAGAGCCUUUUUUUCAUUGUUUUAUCUAUUACUCCGAAAUUCAAAAUUGUUAUAUUAUUAUUGUUUCUUUACGUGUAAAGACCAGAAAUGUGACAUUGGCGGAAUUGUAUAAACGUAAAUGGGCCAUGAUAAAAAAAAGAAGUCGCGAAUGUUGAUGUGUGCCAUGUUAAAUAAUAAAUUUUCUUUUUAAAGCUAUCCUAACAAAAAAAGGGAAAAAUAGUAGCUUUAAUUGAAAAUGGAAGCUUUUAUAUUUUUAUUUGCAAAAUGCAGACUUUGCCUUGAACGGCCAGGUGUCAUAAAUUUGUUUGGAAGUGGAAACGAAGAUCUGCCUGAAGAUGUUUAUCUAUGCACUGGAUUGAGAGUACACCCAUCAGAUAAUUUCCCUCAGAAGAUUUGUAAUGAAUGCAUUGGAAUAAUUCAUGAAGCCAAAAAGCUACGUGUUCGCGCCUUUAAAAAUGACACACACUUAAGAACACUCUUCAUGGUUGAUGGGGUUAAAAAAGAUAAUAGUGUAAGUAAUUAGACUAACUAAAGAGAAAUAGAGAUGGUGAUUAAUUUUUGUUUGUGGGUCUAUCCAGUACCAAACAAAAAUCAGACACCAUCCCUAUUUUUCUAAAAAAAUAUGUUUUAUAUAUUUCUCUAAAAAUAUACAUUUUUUGAGUGAUCCAUAAAUUAUAAUGAUACAUUAAGAUAAAAUGUUGCAUGACAAACUAAGUACAUUUUCUACAUAGUUGUGAGGUAGCAAUCUCUUAUUCCACUUCUUUAAUGCCUAUUAUCUAUAAUGCACAAAAAUAUGUAUUGAAUAUUUUUACUAAUUAGAAAUCUACCAGGCAUCAUCCCUGUUAUAAUAUUAUAUUAACCUCAUUAUGUACAGAUUGUCAUUAUCUUAUAAUCAAAUAGGUUUAAAUAUCUUCAUAGAGCAGCCUACAAAAGGUUACCA